AUGGCCGAUUUCGUCAAGAACCUCUUUGGCGGCCAGAAGCCCGUCCAGGCGCCAGUCGUCGGUGACGAUGGUACGCACUUUGCCGACUACGCAGGUGCUCCUGAUCCCACGCCAGCGGCCAUCUCCUCCUUCACCGAUGCCGCGCACAUGGCUCAGCCCACGGGCGCCAUUGGCGGUGCGCGGCCAUACACGGCCUGGUACCGCGUGUGGGAGCGCACGUCAGCCGAGGACUUCAAGCUGGAGAUGUACAUUCUGCCCUUCCUGUUCCUCCUCAUCGCCACCCACGUCUGGGGCACGCGCGCCAACCGAAGCAAGGCGCGAGCCUGGGCCAAGGCACACGCGCCCUCGUUGCAGCAGGAAUUCGCCCAGGUCGGAUACAAGGCGGGAGAGGUUUCCGACGACAUUCUGAAGGAGAAGAAGGCCGACGAGCACCAGUCGUACGCGACGGGGCGCCAGAAUGUCGCCUUCAUCGACUUCAAAAUCAGCCUGGUCAAGCGCUACAACCCCUUCAUGCUGCUCGGCGAGUACCUGAUCCCCCUAUUCUUCGAGAGCUUCCCCGCCCCAACCGAGCGUGUCGAGGCCACCGCCUACGUAUUCGACGGCAACGAGGCCAAGCACGCCCCCAACUACGGCUCCGGAGACGCCAAGAAGGUGCCCAACAGCUCCUUCGACGGCUUCGUCUUCGCCGUUGUGCACAAGGACAUCAUGAAGCGCAUGCGUGAGGACCGCUACGACGUGUCUCUGACCACCACCCGCGACCACGCCAAGCUGCCCAUCUGGACCGCUGUCAUGAGCGAGAGCGCCGAAAUCACCGACCUUGUUCUUGCCCCUGAGCUGAUCAAGGCCAUCCACGACGCAGGCGACAACUUCGAGGCGCUAAUCAUCACCGACCAGCCCAUUGACCAGCCGAAGACUCUCGACGACACCAAGCCCAAGAAGCGCAUCAACCUCUCCCUGAAGCUCGCCUCGGACUACACCUCCACCAUGCCCCUCUUCAACUACUUCCUGCGCCUGCCAGACCACCUCGCUACCGCCGCCCACUUCCGCCCCGAAGCGCUCCGUCGCAUCAAGCAGACACGUGACGAGCAGAUCGCCAAGAUCCGCAAGGUCGACGAGGAAGAAAAGGCCGAGGAGAGGAAAAUCGCCGCCGACAAGCUCAAGCGCGAGCAGCGCGAUGCCAAGCUGGGACGUCUGAGCGCAGACGAGCAGCGCAAGUACCUUGAGAAGGAGCGCGAAAAGGACAGCAGGAAGAAGAUGAAGAGGAGUACCGUCAAAGCGUAGUCGAUACGAGAUGUGGAACGGAUGUUUGCAUAAUGUUGAUAUGUAUGAUAGGACAUGAGCGGGGCUGGCUGCUUCUACAUACGUACGUGGCCAUCUCAUGGUUGUAGAACAAUUAAUCUUUUCGCAUUCAGGAGUAU